AUGUCUGACUCCGAAGCGUCCGACAUUCCUGUAGUACCUACAGGAACACCUAGCCCGAACCCAGAGCCACAAACUACUACUCCAGAACAAGCUCAAGACGCAACUCCAGCUCCUGCCCCACCACCAGCUCCAGCUGCUACAGAAGCUCCAAAGGAAGAAAAACCAGCUCCAGUUGCUACACCAAGAGCAAGUGAAACACCAAGAUCAUCUAGAGUACAAAGAAGAACAACAGACAUUAUCGCUGCUAAUCCAGAAAUGGAUGAAGAGCAAGAAAGAGAAAAUGAUAAGAAGAACUCACCAGCUGGUGCCCAAUUCAAGGCUAUGUUCUACAGAAGAUGGAUUGGCGUCAAGAGAUCCCUCGUUUCUGUUAUCUCAAACAUCAUUGUUACUUUGGUCGUUUCUUGCUUAGCUAUUAUCGUUAAAGUUCUUAUGGAUUCCAUCGUCGAAGAUCAAUUUAUUAAAUACAACUUCACAGCUUACCCAUUCGAAGCCAUAGAUUUAGCUGUUAUUGCAUCAGAUUAUAAGAAUAACUUUACGAAUAAGCCGUUCCAACAGAAAUAUAUCAACGUUCUUACAGAAAUCUUUAAGAAUGAUACUGGCCACGAUCCUGUUAUACACCUCUUUGACAACAUUGAAGAUGCUAACAAGUUCACAUCAAAAUGCAGAGAGGAAGGCAUAUUUGUUGCUCUUGGUAUUGGUCUCCCAGAAGAAUUCAACCCUCAGGGUGGCAACAACUUGACAAUGCUUUGGAAUGAUACAAUGUCAAUGAGUAUCAACACACUUUUGUUCUCAAACCAGUCACUUAUCUCCUAUGUUAACAUCUACAGACUUGAAUACGCCAUGCUUACAACACCAACAGUACCAGCAGCUUGGGAUCUUCCAUUUAUGGCUGAAAUGAAGGGAUAUCUCUUGGGAAACUACUCACUCUAUGGUUUUAAUCCACAUGCUAACUUCAAUAUUAUCUACUCUCUUUUGGCUGGCCAAGGCCGUGAUAUCGUUUUCUCCGUCGUUGCUCCACUUCUUAUUGCCGCUGGUUUAACAUCCAUCAUUACAACAGUUAUCAUUACACCAAUUCUCGAUAUCCAAGGCCCAAUCAGAGCAUAUAUGGUUUCCUGCUCUCUUGAAAUCCUUCCAUACUGGGUUGUCACAUUCAUUUUCGAUUUCAUCAUCUGGACAAUCGAAGUUACAUUAGUUUGGCUUUUGUUCGUUGUCUGCAGCAUUCCAAACUUCUCAAAAAACCUCGGCCAAUCAUACUACAUCAUCUGGAUCUGCGGUCCAUCAAUGAUCCUUUACAUUUAUGUUCUUUCAUUCCUCUUCACAAACGCCGAUUCUGCUGCAAGAAACGCUUUCAUUGUUAACAUCAUUCUCCUUAUUAUCCCAAUCAUUGUCACACUUGUUACACUCGAUUUCAACGAUCCUCUCAGUUCAAUCAAGAAGACAGACUGGUGCGGCUGGAUCUACGGUCUCUUCCCACCACUUCUUAUGGAAGGCUACAUGCAACAAGUUUUCAUCUACUACAACUACAACACAGAAGGCCUUAAGUACUACUUCAAGAGCUCAUCAUCUGCUCAACCAUACUCCCUCUAUGUCUUCAUUGAUAUCGUUCUUUAUGGUGGUAUCCUUACAUUCAUUGAGAAAUGGAGAAUUUAUCUUCAGAGAAAGGCUGCUAAGUCCAACUUCGGUGACUAUCAUGACUUCUUCGAUGAACAGAAGAAGAAACACCCAGUUACACAGGAAGCCCACGAUAUGGAAGAUGAAGUUGAACACACAACAGACUACGCUGUCAGAAUUCACAAUGUUUCCAGAUUGUUCUUCAAUACAGAAGGCAAGCCUAUUCCAGCUGUUAACAAGGUUUCUCUUGGUGUCAAGAAGGGAUCCCUCUUCGGUUUCUUAGGUGCUAACGGUGCUGGUAAGACAACACUUAUCAACAUGAUCACAUCUCUCUUACCACCAUCUGAUGGUACAAUCGAAAUUAACGGUAAGGAUAUUAUGGUCGAAAACGAUCCAUCAUUAUUGGCCGUCUGCCCACAGUUCAACACACACCUUUGCAUGGAUAUGACAAUCAAGGAGCACUUCCACUUCUACUCAUUACUCCAGAGAAUGAGUCCAGAACACGAAGCUAGAAACAGCCAGAGAUUACUUCAGCUUCUCGAAUUAGAGUCAUUCGCUGAUACUCCAAUUAGAGAACUUUCUGAAGGUGAUGUUAGAAAACUUGCUAUUGCUUUGUCCUUCCUUGGUCGUGCUAAGAUCAUUCUUCUCGAUGAACCAACAGCUACAUUGGAUCCAGUUUCUAGAAGACAGGUUCACGAAAUGAUUUUGUACUACAGAGGCCAGAAGACAUUCAUGCUUUGCACACACUUACUUUCUGAAGCUGAAGCUCUUUGCGAUAACAUCUCUAUCAUGAUUAAGGGUAACGUUUAUACAGUUGGUUCUCCACAGUAUCUUCAGUCUAAGUUCGGUACAGAUUACAAGGUUGAUAUGCAGCUUAACGACGAAACAGAUAAGACAGGCGAGCUUGUUGAUAAGUUCUUCCAGGAGAAUAUUCCACAAGCUGUUCUUUCUAUCAAUCGUCCAGUUGCAAGAAUUUACAACGUUCCUGCUACAUCAAUCGAGUUAGGUAAGCUCUUCAAGAAGAUGGAAAAGGGUAAGAGAAAUGGUAAUGGUUACUCAUACUACACUUGCUCAUCUUCAUCUCUUGAAAAGGUGUUCAUGGAAAUUGUUCGUAUCUCUGAAGGUGACGAAGGCACAUUAAUGUAA